AUGCCGGCUGAAAGGCGCUCUCUGAGAUCGAACAGCAAGUCAGAUACCUCUUCAUCUGCUAACGGUGAGAAGGGACGCUCCACUUCGCAGAGCUCUAGUUCCAACAAAGAUAAGCCGGCGCCUACCCGCGCUGCUGCCAACAAGGCCAAAGCUGCCUCUACCACGAAAGGCGCCUCGUCGAAUAAUACUGCCAACUCCGGAAUGGGUGAGCAGCGUGAUCAGCCGCGUGCCAACGGGUCCGACCCGACGGAGAAUGGCGUGAAUGGCUCGGAAGAUGUUGAGAUGGGAGAGGAUACGGCAGUGCCCCCUACCAAGGGAUCCAGGUUAUCCGGCGAGAAAGGAACGGAUAAAGAAGGCGACGUCGCCAUGGAGGGUGCUGAGGGCGAGGAUGCCGAGCCUGAGGUUGAUCCCAAGACCAAGGCCAUCCAAGACAUCAAGACCAACUUUACCCUCCUCGAACGAGCCGUUACCCACUUCGACCCCAGAUUCACCCUCCGCGUCCUGCGCUCGAUAUCGUCCAUGCGCAAACACAUCACGGGUGAUGUGCUAGCAGAAGUUAUCGAGGAGACUUACUCAUCGUCAAGUGUCACCGCUUCAUUCUUGUUGAAUGCUCUUGAUCAAGCAGGUGCUCUGGGCGGUGCUCGGUCCAGCGCGAAGAUGGAGAUUGAGUCGGAGAAGACCAAGUCUGCUCCCAAGGAGACCCUGCCCGAGGUUGAUAUCUAUAUGUCUAUCCUCGUCCAGAUCUUCUUGUAUGACAAGAAGGAGAUUCAGCUGGGUGCCAAGUUUUCGACGAACCUGAUUGAGCGUCUGCGGACGCUUAACCGCCGUACCCUUGACUCUCUGGCAGCUCGUGUCUACUUCUACUACUCUCUCUUCUAUGAGCAGAUCGCUCCCCUUCCCCCAUCGCCUGCUGCCACUGUGACUAAGAUCCGCCAGCCCUUGCUCGCUGCCCUGCGGACAGCAGUGCUUCGCAAGGAUGUAGACACCCAAGCUACCGUGAUGACGCUACUGCUGCGCAACUACCUAUCUACGUCUCACAUCUCACAGGCAGACCUUCUCAUCUCGCACAACAAAUUUCCCCCAUCGGCGUCCAACAACCAGAUCGCCCGGUACCUCUACUACCUGGGUCGCAUCCGGGCCAUUCAGUUGCAGUACACCGAUGCCCAUGGACACUUGAUCGGUGCCACUCGCAAGUCGCCUUCCAGUCACAGUGCGCGCGGCUUCUACCAGGCUUCUCAUAAACUGCUUGUUGUGGUGGAGCUUCUCAUGGGUGACAUCCCCGACCGGGCUAUUUUCCGACAGCCCGCUCUUGAGCGCGCCAUGCACCCCUACUUCCUCCUUGUUCAAGCUGUCAGUGUGGGUGACUUGGAUGGGUUCCUCAACAUUGUCAACACCCACAGUGCGACGUUCCGCAAGGAUGGUACGUACACUCUUAUCCUGCGUCUGCGCCAGAACGUUAUCAAGACCGGCAUUCGCAUGAUGUCCCUUUCCUACUCUCGCAUCUCGCUCCGGGAUAUUUGCCUGCGUCUCGGACUGGACAGCGAGGAGUCUGCCGAGUACAUUGUGGCCAAGGCUAUCCGCGAUGGUGUGAUCGAGGCCAGCUUGGACCACGAACACGGAUUCAUGAAGAGCAAGGAAGUGGGAGACAUCUAUGCGACCCGGGAACCCGGAGAGGUGUUCCAUGAGCGCAUCAGAGCUUGCUUGAGUCUCCACGACGAAAGCGUCAAGGCCAUGCGGUUCCCCAUGAACCAACACCGCCUGGAGUUAAAGAGUGCGCAGGAGGCACGGGAGCGUGAGCGGGAGUUGGCCAAGGAGAUCCAGGAAGGAGACAUGGAUGACGAGGAUGCCGGCGGCGAUUUCGAUGCAAUCUAG